AUGGUAAAAUACUGGAAACUGAUUGACAAAGAGGAAAAAACUAGAUCACUGAAAGGUGAAGAAAUAUGUAUAUCAGAGCAAGUCAGGAAGGAAAUGUCGUAUUAUAGAACUACUCGACGUGGUUGGAUCAGAGGUGGUAAUUACUAUUCUGCACUGUUAGAAAACAGCAACGCUGUCUUGCUUUUCAUGAGAGAUUUCUUUUCGUCAUCAUGGGAUAGAAUCCCGCGCAUGUUCACGACAACCAAGACCACUAAUAAGUCAAUAGAAGAGCAAGCGGCAUCAGAAAUCUGGAUUGGUUUGCUGAAGGUAAAAUGCAGUGAAAAGUAA